UAACGAGGAGUUCUUAAGAGUGGGUGAGCUUUUUCUUCGGUCUAUAUUCUGUCGAUUGUGUUUACUACAUUGGCUAGCCUGAAAUCACCUGGAAUAUACAAUAAAAAUAUGUCUGCCUGCUGCCAGCGAGAUGUUAAGUGUCGAAAGUAGAUUGUGUUUUUGUACGAUGUAGGGACGCGCGAGUGCAGAGAAGAGCUUCGUUUUUGAAUGCUUAGUGCUUUUGGAUGGUCAUAUCGUGACCUUGGUCAGAUUCCGAGCGGAAGGUGUUUGUGCGGUGGAGGCGGCUGCGGCGGCGGCGGUGGUGGUGGUUCAUCAUCGUAGAAAGUGUUACGAACGUAGUGUAUUUACUAUCGGUGUGAAAAUGUCGUUGAUGUCUUUCGGGUGUUGCACGCGCUUCAAAAUGACGCCCGAGGAGCUGGAGCAGCGCUACAAGAGCCAGGAGAUCGAUAAGCUCAUAGAGAAGGAUAAGCAAGUGCUGAAGAGGCAGGUCAAGUUGCUGCUGCUUGGCGCCGGCGAGAGCGGCAAGUCGACGUUUCUGAAGCAGAUGCGGAUCAUACAUGGCAUCAAAUUUGAGCAGGAUCUGAUUAGAGAGUAUCAGCAGAUCAUUUACCAGAAUGUAGUGAGAGGCAUGAAAGUUUUGGUUGAUGCCCGAGACAAGCUGGCCAUUCCCUGGGGUGAUACCAGUAAUGUUGCUGUCGGCCUGGAACUGCUGCACUUCAAUAACAAUCAGAUCAUUGAUGUCAACAGGUUCACCCAAUUUGUUCCCAUGCUGAAGAAAUUGUGGAGUGAUAAUGGUAUUCGUAGGGCAUAUGAAAGGCGCAGGGAAUUUCAAUUAAGUGAUUCAGUUGAGUUCUUCUUAAAUAACAUAGAGAGGAUCUCCAGGUCAGAUUAUAUGCCAACAAACAAGGACAUCUUGCACUGUAGGAAGGCCACCAAGGGCAUAACGGAAUUCGUGAUUCCAAUCAACACAGUGCCCUUCCUGUUUGUGGAUGUGGGAGGGCAGAGGUCACAGCGUCAGAAGUGGUUCUCGUGUUUCGAUUCGGUUACGUCCAUCCUCUUCCUGGUAUCCUCCUCAGAGUUUGACCAAGUGCUGCUCGAAGAUAGGAAGACCAAUCGUCUGGAGGAGAGCCGAGAUAUCUUCGAUACCAUCAUCAAUAAUAGAAUCUUUUCCAGUGUGUCCAUCAUACUGUUCAUGAACAAGUACGACCUGCUAGUGCGGAAGGUCGCAAAUCCGGAGACGGAUAUACGCUGGUAUUUCCCGCAGUUUACCGGCAACUCGCAUUCUAUAAAAGAUGUACAAAGCUUUAUCUUGGCUAUCUUCACCGGCGUCAAGCGCGAUCCAAAAAAACAACUAUACCACCAUUUUACGACGGCUGUCGACACCGAAAAUAUCAAGGUGGUAUUUAAUUCGGUCAAAGAUACGAUCCUGAAUCGCAACUUGGAGACCCUGAUGUUACAAUGAUCGUCGUGUGUCCACACCCACCCGUACAUCUCUAAUUAUUUCCUCACAUAAUGUGGCUGUGUUUCUUUUUUAUUUGUAAUUAAUUAAUGAAACAACAAGAGAACGAGAAAAGAAAAAUAUGCGAGUAAUGGCAAAGUCGAAUUCGAGCGCGAAGGUUUUUCCGAUAAAUGUUUAAAACAAUUUACAAUUAAUUACUUUUAUUUGUUUGGCAAAGACUGACUAACUAUUAGUCCAUCAUCUCGAAUUUUACUUUAAACAGGAAAAUGUGUAUAUUAUUAUUUUAUAUUAAGUGAAUUGUGUAAAUAACCAAUGGAUCCAUUAUUAUUUUCUU